AUGAAGUAUGGGGCCGCGUUUGCAUCGGUGGCCCUUUAUACGUGUACAUUUACCGUCGCUGCUGCCUUUUCUCGGAUUUCCCUCGUUCGACGUCAACAGCAAAUCACUAGCAACGUUUCACCAAGAAAUCUGAGAGCAUGGAGUCUUUCCUUAAUAAAAGAAUCCGAACUCUUGGAAAAAAUACGUGAAGGAGUGUCAGAAGCUGGUUUCGAAGAAGCUUGGAAGGGCUCCGUUGAUGAAAUCACCAGUUUUGUUGGCAUCGACGUCGAACAUGCCGAAAUGUGUUUAGCACAAGCUUUGGAAUGGAAAGCUUGGGCAAUGGCACCGUCACCAACGUUUCGUAAAUACAUAAAGACAAAAGAGCCCAUCGUACGAGAGCUAAAAGAUAAUCUUUCCUGGAUGGUUGGAAAACCUCUACAGCUUGAGAUUGAGCUCUUAAAACAAGGAAUUCUGCAGUUUCCAGGAGUGUAUUUGGUGGAUUCACAGGUAUCGUUUGAAAAGGCUAUAUCAUGCGCACCCAUAGAGUACAAGUCUAUCGAGUGUUUUCGGAAUCAACUUGCGGCAGAUCUCUCAAUUCUCAAGAAUACAUACAACUGCGAUACAGCUGAAGAAGGCUGCGCAGGCAACUGCGGGAGCUGUUGGGUAACCUAUGGAAACAAGAAACUGUAG